AUGCGAAUUCUCAUCGUCGGCGGUGGCAUCUCCGGCUUCUGCAGCGCUCUCGCCCUCUCCAAAGAGCUGACGCCGCGCGUCCCUGGGCUGCACAUCACCGUCUUCGAGCGGCAUGAAGUCCCAUCCACCUCUGGCGGCGCUAUCAGCGUGAGCCCAGUCGCCCAGCGCCAUCUCGCGUACCUGGGCGUGCUGCAGGAACUCGACCGGUUCGGCCCCGAGGCUGGCAUCGAAGUCGACGCCAUUGAGGUAUUCUCCGUCCGCACGGGCAAGUCGCUCGGCUCUCUCGACUUCACCGACCAGCGCGGCCAGGGCUAUGGCGGAUACAAAGGGCGGCGAGUGCUGCGCAUCACGCUCCUGCUGGCCAUGCUGGCAGCGCUCGAGAAGACGCCCAACGUCGACGUCGUCUUCGGCAAGAAGCUGGUAGGCGGGCUCGAGACGGAGCGCAAGAUCCAGCUGCACUUCGAGGACGGAUCCACCGCCCUGGGGGAUCUGCUGCUGGGGUGCGAUGGCGUGCACUCGGCGUCGAGGAUAGAGAUCAUCGACCCGGGCCAGAGCGCGCGCUACACGGGCUUCUCGCUCGUGCAGACCACCGUCGCGGCUGGCCAGAUCGCCUCGCCCGUGCACUUCCGGGCCACGGCGCUGAACGUCUCGCGCCACGGCUCGCUGCUGAUGAGCUUCUGCGACCAGAACCACGAGGAGAUCUUCCUGUCGGCCAUGGUGCAGUGCCGCGAAGUGGCGGUGCAGGACCACCGACUGAACGAGAACAGGCCGGAUCCGCGCCGGCAGGCGCUGAUCCACUCGUCGCUGCGGCGCGAGGUCGUCGACCGCUUCGGCGAUUCCGCCGUGCCUUGCAUCCGGGAGGCCGUGCGUCUGGACACGGAAUGGCUGUUGUAUCCGAUUUACGAGGUUGCGCCUGGCAGGAGAUGGUAUACGAAACGGGCUAUCUUGCUGGGUGAUGCGGCUCACGCGAUGCUCCCCCGCGACGAAUCCGCUGCAUACGCGCUAGACGACGCGAUUCUGUUCUCCCGCGUAUUGGCGCAAUACAUCGACCAUCCGCUGGAAUCCGCCUUCGCAGCGUACGAGACGCUGAGACGGGACGCGGUCAACUACGCGUUCAAGGCGUCGCGCAAACUGUGGGAUCGGUAUAGAGAUACCGGGGCGCUGGAGGGGCGGCUCAAGGAGUGGCUUCUGCCGCUGUACAUCCGGCACGACCGGGAGUCGCGGGAGGCGGCGUGGGAGUUUGACGCCAGCAAGGUCGAGAUUCCUGUGCCGGGGAGAUACGAUGACAAUAUCUUGAACUCUGAUGUCGAUACGGCUGCUUAA